UUACAUUUCAGUUUUACAGAAGAUGUUCAAUGCUGAACAGUUUUAUAUGGUGUCUCGCGUUGAUAGAUAUUUAUUUUGUUAAAUUAUGACCGGAUGAAAAAUAGGGUUUUUUUUCCUCUUACUUGCGUGAAUUACGAUCAGUUUAAUAAUUUUUUUGUUUUGUAAUUUAUUUGGUUUGGUUUUUGAUAAACAAAUUAAUUUUGAAAAUCUGUAUGUGCAGAGAUCAGUCCAAUUUUUAUUUGCUGAUAUGUUUUAUCUGAAAGCAGUUGAUUGCGUGAACUGACUUCGAUUGAGGUUGGGAUGAUCACGUUUAUCGAAAGACAUAAAAGGAAUACAGUGAUAAUAGAAUAGGCAGUGAUUAUAUCGUCACAAUGGCAGACGAUAAUGAAAAUGAUAUAUUAGCCGACGAUGUGACAAAUACAUCCAACGAAUUGAAGAAGUCUGCUCCAUUACCAUCGUACGACAUAAAUCGGAAGGUCUUAUUUCAACAAAAUGUUAACGACUUAUCUCUGUACCAAAAGCCAAACAAAAACUAUCUCGACAACAUCAAGCAUUCCUUCGCUAAAUUCAGUUUCUUGAGGUUUAUUUUAAAUCUGGUACCCGUACUUAAAUGGCUUCCCAAAUACUCGUUCAAGAACAGUAUAGCUGGCGAUCUAACAGCUGGCAUGACAGUUGCCGUUAUGCACAUACCUCAAGGAAUGGCCUAUGGAUUGUUGGCCGGUGUAACUCCUAGCUCAGGGCUGUAUAUGGCUUUUUUUCCGACCCUUACGUAUUUUGUGUUUGGAACAUCACGGCAUAUCAGCGUGGGAACGCUGUCAGUUAUUAGUUUGAUGACCUUGAAAGUGGUGCAAACACACGCAACUUUUGGACCAGCCAUCACCGCGUCCACAGAUAAUGCGACAUUGAGUGACGUUUCAGACACAUACAGUCCUAUACAGGUUGUUACGGCAGUUGCUUUUAUGUGCGGUUUGCAGCAAAUUCUGAUGAGCGUUUUGCAACUGGGACACUUGGCAACGUUGCUUAGCGAACCUCUAGUGAAUGGAUUCACAACUGGAGCUGCGGUACAUGUGCUAGUCAGUCAAUUAAAAGACUUAUUCGGCAUUAAGAUCCCCAGCCAUAAAGGAGCAUUCAAAAUCAUAUUCACAGUGAUUGAUUGCAUCAAGAGCCUGUUAGAUGCUAAUCCUUAUACAGUUGGCAUAUCCUUGUCGGUGAUAAUAUUCAUGGUUAUCAUGAAUGAAGUAGUUAAGCCUAAAGCAGCCAAACUAUUCAAAUUCCCAGUACCUGCAGAGUUAAUCGCUGUUGUUGCCGGGACUGCCGCUUCAUUUUUGUUGAAGUUUGAUGAAGCAUACAAGGUUAAAUUGGUCGGAGCUAUUCCAAUUGGGCUUCCACCACCUGUUAUGCCUCCAGUAAAAUUGCUAUGGAUUGUGGCAGUCGAUGCGAUCGCGAUAUCGAUAGUCAGUUACAGUGUAACGAUAUCAAUGGCAAUGAUUUUCGCUAAAAAGCAGAGCUACGAAGUGAGGGCUAAUCAGGAGAUGUUGGCUUUGGGCUUCAGUAACAUAAUUGGUGGUCUAUUUGCGUGCGUUCCUAAUGGCACUUCAUUAUCUCGUUCCUUAAUUCAAGAACAAACGGGCGGCAAGACACAAAUUGCUUCCGUUGUAUCGGCUGUGUUGAUUUUAAUCGUAUUACUGUGGAUCGGUCCUGUAUUCGAAGUAUUGCCGAGGUGUGUCCUAUCCGGAAUAAUUGUGGUCGCUUUGAAAGGAAUGUACGUUCAAGCUGCCGCACUGCCUAGAUUUUAUAGGGAAGGAAAGUUGGAAGCGAUUUCGUGGGUCGUCACCUUCAUCGCAGUUGUUCUAGUCGAUGUUGACGUCGGACUCGUUUUGGGCAUUUGUGUGUCACUAACGGCCCUAUACAUCAAAGGUUGGAAAAUGAAAGCAUGCCAGCUGGGUGUUAUACCGAAUACAGAUAUUUAUGUGGAUAUGUCGACACAUAGACGUGCCAAAGAAAUCGAAGCCAUCAAAAUAUUCCAAUAUAUCGGCGCGAUAAACUUUGCGUCGGUCACAUCGUUCAAACGCUAUCUGUACAAGAGAAUUUCAAUCACCCCCAAGGCAAUACGCAAGGCCUCGUUACAGUUGGCAGAGGCUGAGAAAUUAAUCGACACGAAAACGCUGAUUAUCGACUUAGCGCACGUUACACAUCUGGAUAUAGCCGGCAGUAAAUGUCUGAUCGAAAUUCAAAAGGAGAUGGAACUGUUCAAUACACAAAUGGUGUUGACAAGUCCGAAUGAUCGCGUCUUCGAUGCCAUCAAACAUGCCGAAAUGUUGGGUGUGGGUAAAUUUAAAGUAUUGGCGUCCAUCCACGAUGCUGUUAUUUAUGCCAAAGCCACGCACAAAGAGAGUAUAUAAUAUUCCGUGAUGGUUGCGGUUAUAAGAGUUAUUUAUAGUAAAGCAAAAGUACAAUAAAAACCAUUUUUGAGGUAACGGACCGGACAUUGUGAUCGUUGAAACAAAUUACUUAAGGUGCCUUUUAAAGUACAUAAAAUUUGUGAAUGGGAUUCAGAAAACCAUUUUAGUUUUUUAAGCCACAUGUUCACUACUUUUCUUAUAUUUCUUUAUGUUUGUUAUACACAAAAUUCAUUUUAUUUUCGAGUUAUUUUAAUUUCUUCUGAAGAAAAAGCAAAUAAAAAAAUAUUUUUGUAUCAAA